UCGUAUGAGGCAAUGAGCAAAUAACUUCAUGAUAAUUUAUAAACACGGUUUGUCUGGUGAGGAAACGAAAGUGUUCGUCAAUAAUCUAAGGCAGUAUGGCUACUGCACCAGAUCCUGCUCCUGUGACGCAAAUGGAAGCUUUGUUACAGUGUUCUGUUUGUAUGGAGACAUUAACUCAACCACGGACAUUGUCAUGCUAUCAUUCAUUUUGUAAACACUGCUUGGAGAAUUAUGUUGCCGCUCAGCGCGAGAAGGCAGUUGAAGCUAAAGAGAAAGUACCAGAAAUCUUUGAAUGUCCAUUAUGCCGCACGGAGUUUUCAGUCAAAGAAGGGGAAAAUAUUGGCGAGAAAAUGCCAGCAAACCACUUUAUUAACAACCUGUUGGAAUUGCUCAGCAUACAGCAACAAGUCGAUCAUGUAAAAUGCCAGUCGUGUAAAGCGAACGCUCCUGCAGCCAUCAGAUGCGUGUCGUGUGAAAAAUAUCUGUGUCAGAAAUGUCUACAAGCUCACAACAACCGGCCAGACUUUGAGGAUCAUGUCCUUUUGACGAUGGAAGAACUAUCUAAACCAGAAAACCGAGCGAAGGCGAAAGGCAAACCUCGUUGUGAGAAACACGACAAAGUUCUGAAGUUUUACUGUGAAACAUGCAAAGUCCUUGUUUGUCGAUACUGCAUGGAUCUUAAUCACACUCGACCUGAACAUGCGUGGUUCCCUUUGACAGACGUUGUUGUACAGCACAAAGAAGCGUUAAACGCAUCUUCCGGUAUAUUUGACAAGCAAAAAAACGAUGCAGCCGAGAGUAAUCGUAAGAUUGAAGAGGCAAUGGUGACCCUGAAGAACAACGCAACAAAAGCAAGAGACGCCAUCAAGCAGCAACAACAGAAUAUUCUGAAUGCGUUUACCAAGAAACUCGAGAAAGAAACGACAUCCUUGCUUGACGAAGUUGAGAUGAAAUACAGAGUAACCAACGAGCUCCUGUUGAAACAACAAGCUAACGUGAAAGCUUAUUUCCAAAAGGCAAAAAGCUCGUUGGAUUUUACCAGCAAUAUUCUCUCCAGCGGAAGCGACGAGGUACUCCUUUCUCUCAAACACGAAAUUGAGGAAAAAGCUGGGAGCAUUAAGAAUGAACGACCAGAAUGUAUGGAGCCAAUCCACGAUGGCCUGCUUGAAUAUUAUCCAAAACCGACCAAAGACAUCAUGGAGAAUUUGAAGUUAAACCACUUAGGAAAAAUUGAUAUAGAAGAGUUUCGUUUUACAGCCCGCAGUUAUCCUUCCUAUACUGCUAAGAAAGUUGAACCUGUUGAAAUCGUAUGUGAAAAAUCAAUCAUCUUGGAGGGUAAAAUUGAACAAGCGAAGCAACUUGUAAAGUGGAUGGAAGAUAAGAAGUUUGGUUGGCAUCUUUGUUAUCGAGCUUCACGUGACGGUUGGGAAGGAAAAGAUUUUCAUGAAAAAUGUGACGAUGUUGGACCUACAGUGAUCUUGGUGAAGUGUGAAACCAACGUCUUUGGUGGUUUUACUGAUCAAAGUUGGAAAGUAACAUCAGAUUUUAAAAAGUAUGAGUAUAAACGUUCCAAGUCGUCAUUUCUGUUUUCCUUAAAAAAUAAGGCGAAUAUGAGCCCCUUCAAGUGCCUGAUGAAAGACGGUCGAAAUGGAAAAGCAAUCUACUGUGAAUAUAAGUUUGGACCAGUCUUUGGUGGUCGUGGUGAUGAUCUGGUAAUCUGCCCUAACGCCAACACAACCCAGGGUUCAUACAGUAGUCUUGGUGGCACAUAUCAACCUCCCCCAGGAUAUGAACCUGGAGCCCCAGAAACCCGAGCUCUCUUGGCGGGCAGCUGCCCAUUCACUCCAUCAGAAAUUGAAGUUUUUUGCACCCGAAUCCUUUAAUUGAUUUUACAUGAUUAAUUACAUUAGAUUUAAUUUUACAUGAAUUACAUCAGAUUUAAAAAGUAUCAUUAAACACGUUAAAUUCGAUUUACUCGUGAUGAUCGGCUUCAGUCCGUCAAAUGUAGCAUAACAACUGCCUUUAAAAAACACUUCUCGAAGUUUCGACUCAAUGGCCUUCGUCAGGAAAAUGUGAUUCACGUAAUUGGUAGGUUACGUGUACAUUAUUGUGUAACCAUAGGAGUCCAGAAAUGUUUUCGUUCUCGUAGCGAUCGCGCGUGUAUACUGUUAUUAUUAUUAAAAUGACUUGGUUUUGUUUUGAGGUACUUAGCUAAGUAUCAUCAGUAUCAUACAAUUUCAAUUUUGACCCAAGAAAUUACGUGCACUGUUUUUUUUUUCUCAAAUUAUGUUGAGAUAAAAGCAGAAAUAAUCGAUAUAGUCAUAGAAUGCGCGCUUCUGUACCUUCCAGUACCUUCUCAGUUAGCAAAUUGACGCCACAUUAGAUAUUCGAAUCUCGAAAUGGCCGAUUUACAAGGGCAAAUUCAACUCUCCCCAUGGCUUUUUCGCAAGAUACACCGCGAUGUUAACGUUACUUUGGCAAAUUUGGAAGUUGGUUGAACGAAGAACCAAGAAUUCAGUAUUCAAGCAUAUUGCACUUUUUGUCGGAUCACUUUUAGUAGAUUAGUGGAAUUUAUAAACUUUACGGGCUUCUAGCUCUAAAAUAGUAAUCAUGCAAACUAUGUUUUUUAGAAGAAGACAAUUUUUUUGGGGGGUGUGCGUCAAAUUUCCUGUGAAACUUAUAUUACCUAGCUAAAUCCACCACUGGCAACAUGUUCGAAGGCAGUAAUACCGUAACACCCGUCUCCUCCGUUAAAUAUGACGACAGAAUCGAUACAAGAUUGCGAUAGGUAACUCAGUGCGAAGCCAAAUCAAGCCAAACAUAGUCAUAAGGUAGAAAAAGGUUUAAGUAAAGUAUUUA